CAAGCUUCGAACUCCAAUUCCAACCUCCAACCUCCAACCUCCAAUCUCCAACCUCCAAUCUCCAACGUCCAAUCUCCAACCUCGGUGCUCUCAAAUUCUUUCAGCCAAUCUCCAAGUUCAGCGUCAUCUGCAGCUUCCCAAAUUUUCAGCAAAUAUUCCCUGCUUCGAUUUUCAUUGCUCCAGACAUGGACAGCCAACCUUCAGGAGAGUCACAAAUGCCUUCUUCCAGCAACAAGAAUGGUCUCGAAUCUGACGGUUCCCCAAGUAAUGUCCAAGAUCCUAACAAUAAGAGCUCACCUUCACCAUCUCAAGCGGGAGUCUCCACCAACGAACAUCAACAAAUUGUCACUGAGUUCCAACUAUCACUUAUUCAACUGACUCAAGAGAUCCGCAACCUUCCACUGGACAGGCAGCAAGCCAUCAUUCAGAGCGACGGAUUCAAACAGCUCCAGCAAGAAGCCAAGUGCGAGCAGUUUCACACGUACCUCACCGAUAUUCACAACGAACCUGUCUCAGGCGUUGACUCUCGUACUGCCUUCAAUCUCUGCGUUAUGCUCGAUAUAUCAGACAUCUCACGGAACUUGCAGAAAGUAGUCCGUUCCUCGAAUCGUCACACUUACAAAACCCCUCAGUCGGCCAGCGGAACUAUCGAUCAUAUCUUGAGGUCGAUUAGCUCACUCAUUACGUUCUCAGAUUCACAUAAAUUUAUCGGCAAGUUCCAAGAUGCUUAUUUUCAAGCAGGUCUAGUAGACCUCAAACCAGAGAGCCAUGAAAUGAUGCGUGGUCGCAUGCUUGGUUUUGAUUAUCGCCUCCAACUUGGCCACUACUGGCACGAGUGGUGCAAUCUGUUCGUCGAUGUCAACGUCGGAAAUGACAAAUUUGGUGCCCUCCUUGCGCUUCUUGCUGUUAAACGAGUUUACAACGGGCAGCCGGUAGAUCCAAAUUCCGAAGAAUACCAGGAGGUGAUGGGCACGCAACCAGAGUGGAGUGCAGACAUUCCACCAAGAGAAUAUGGGACAGACAAGGCCUGGGAAAUGGUAUCGGAGGGGAUGUCGAACACCCAACUCAUGUAUGUCAGAGACUACAUCAACAAGUAUAUCCCCCGAUUCGUGAGCCUGACAAGUUUUCUCAACCCAUGGGCGACAAGGCUAGCAGAUGACAAGACUCUGAGUGAGGAUGAGAUCGCUAGGUUUGAGACUGGAAUUCAGGCCGUAUUAGAGGAGAGUGGAGGAGUCUGA